GCUGGCCGGCUGCGGCGAUGGCUCAGCCCAGCCCGGGGCAGGACGCCGACAGCACGGCCGCGGUGGCCGUGCUGAAGCGGGCGGUGGAGCUGGACGCCGAGUCCCGGUUCCAGCAGGCGCUGGUGUGCUACCAGGAGGGCAUCGACAUGCUCCUGCAGGUUCUGAAAGGCACUAAAAACGCCAGUAAGAGAUGUGUUCUCAGAACAAAAAUCUCUGACUACAUGGAUAGAGCAGAAAACAUAAAGAAAUACUUAGACCAAGAAAAAGAAGAUGGAAAAUAUCACAAGCAAAUUAAAAUAGAGGAGAACGCAACUGGGUUCAGUUACGAGUCACUGUUUAAAGAAUACCUUCACGAGACAGUUACGGAAGUUUGGAUCGAAGACCCUUAUAUUAGGCAAACUCAUCAGCUGUAUAACUUCCUUCGGUUUUGUGAGAUGCUGCUUAAGAAGCCAUGUAAAAUAAGAACUAUUCACCUUCUCACCUCUGUGGAUGAAGGGUUUGGGAGUGCACAGCAGAGCAGUGGUCUAGAAGAAAUAAGACAGUCCCUCAGGAGUCAUGGAGUGCUGUUGGAAGUAAACUUUUCUUCCUCUAUACAUGACCGAGAAAUUAGGUUCAACACUGGAUGGAUGUUUAAAAUUGGAAGGGGACUUGAUUAUUUUAAGAGACCACAGGGUCGUUUUUCCCUUGGAUAUUGUGAUUUAGAUCUCAGACCAUGUCAUGAAACAACAGUGGACAUUUUCCAUAACAAGCACACAAAAAAAAUAUGAUGUGUGGUAACCUCGCUAUACAUUUCUGCUUUAGAUGGUUUCAGCCCAUUUUCUGUUGCUAAAACUGAAUACCCUCCGCUGGAUGACAUACAAAGAAUAGAGGAUUUAGCAUCUGGGGAGGGUCUUCUUUCUGCAUCCUGGCACAAUGUCACAAGAUGGCGUAAGCUUUGAAACAAAGCUUGUGGCAGAGUCAGUACCUCAGAGGUCUCCCGUCUUAACACUGCUGUACUAGGGACCAAGAUUCAACUCACAGGCCUUUGUGGACAUAUUCAAACCAUAGCAAGCAAAGCAAAUGCUGAGCUUGUUUCUUUUCCCUUUUUUCUUUUUUUUUUAACCUCUGAAUUAUUUUUAUAAUAUAUGAAUUUAACAAUAAAUGUUUACAUUUCUACAAA